AAGAAACUUUCCGAAAUCUUUUUAUCCACUUCUUUCUUCCCCAGAGCAACUUCGACACUCAAAGCCCUCUAUCCAUACCUUCAUUAAAGGUGUUCUUGCUUGACCCCGAGCACAUCUUUCUUCAAUCACGCAAAUAUUUCGCAGAUUUGCUAUCAGAUGCGCUUUUCAGUUCCUCUCGAUCCCUGAAUUGCCAUUGCGCAGACUUCAUUGUAACGCGAUUAUGUCAUCUCCCACUCUUUCCGAGCUGGAACAUGAGCGCCAACGCAUCGAGAACUUGAUUAAAGAUCCUCAACACCCCCUUCGCCAACGUCGCGAUAGAGUGCAGCCUCUUCUUGCCGCUCUUCGUAUUGCGCGGGAGGAGAGCAACCGUGCCAACGAGGAGCUUCGGCAAACUCUCGGAAGCAACUAUAGUGCUAAGGAGCAAGCCAAAAUUGGAAGUCAAUCCUUGGCUCAGGCCGUUUCAACAUCCGAUAGGGAUCAGUUGGAGCAUCAAAUUGAUGAUCAUCGUGGUAUGGCUGCUAUGAGUGGACUUGUACGAAGACUUCAGGAUGUUAAGGAUCAGAUUGCCAGAUACCAGUCAAACAUGCGCACAUGUGCACGACCAAAUGACCAUGAGGGAGGGGAGAGCUUUUGAAGGGCGACGUCAGUAUACACGGCCUGGGAUGACAGGAUUCUAUUGGGCCUGUGCUUGGAAAGCGUCGGAGCAGUGCAAAUAGCCUUAUUUCACAGCGGACGAGUGUUGAGAGUCUCAAUAAUUUGGCAAGCGCUCCGGCAGA